AUGAGGGGACUGACCAAGCAGGGUGUUAAGACCGCGACUGCCGCGCCGCGCAUGAAGAGAAAUGCCAUGCCGGCAACAAGAAAGCUGGCAGUUAGAGCCGCCAAGGUCAACAAUGCUCCCAGGCAGAAAGAAAUUGUCAUGUCAAUUGACCUUGGCAGUUCCGGUGUGCGCUCGUGUAUUUGGAACCCAGAUGUGGUUGAGGGUCAAGACCCCGUCAUUUUGAUUCUCAACAGAGAGAACGGCGGUGAUGGUUACACCUUCUCGGCAAGCGGGGCUGUCAUGGACAACGACACUGCCGACGAGGAUAUCUACAUCAACAACCUCGAACCUGAAAGCCGUCUGGGCGUGCCCUUGAAAUACGGGCUGUACAUUCUUUCGAACGCUCCGGAAGCCCUCACCAACGAAUAUCACCUCAUGGAGGAUCUUAUUCAGGAAGACCGUCGCAACAGGGAAGAGUUCAGAAGACAGCUGCGCCUGGGUCUGGUGCAAAUGUUCACCAAGCUCAAGGGCAAGGUGGAGCAAGUCAUUGAAGGGAAGCGGAAACCCUGGAAAGUUGGAAGGUUGUGUAUAACAAUCCCGUCACAAUGGACGUUGGACUUUGAGGAUCAAUACCGCAGCGUUCUCGCGGAGGUCUUUGAAUGGGACAUUGCCCAGGCUGGGGAGCGAGUGACCUUCGUUUUCGAACCUGAAGGUCUCGCCGCUUAUCUUUUGCACAGCAAAGAGUACAAGGACGACGCCAUCGCCCAAAGCGGCCCGAACGAGCAUCGAAUUGUUUUGUGUUUGGACUUUGGUGGCCACAGUAUGAAUGGCUGCCAGUACUGGAUCAACGCAAAGCGAGAUGGCACCUUAAGCUUCUUCGCGAUGGCACCAGCAUUUGGACAUGCUGGCGGCGGCGAGCAGUUGGCUGAUAGUGUCCUCCGCGCUUGUGAAGCAGACUGGAACACCGGAAAUGAUGUGGCUCUGACACCUAAGGCCAAGGCGCAGAUUAUGGAACGGAUCAAGAGGCGCAGGGCUCAUUGGGGCCCUCGUUCAACAACUGCCCUUGAUGAGGAGAUUUUUGAGUUCAAUGAUUCUCAAGAAAUCGGUGCUGGUGCCAUUACACUUACGAAGAGUGUUAUCAAUAACUGCUGGCGUAGGGCACAUGAUCUCCUCCUCAGGCUUGUUCAGCGAAAGCUCCGUGGACUGAAAGCCGAAUACAACCGGGAAAGAGGUCGUGGCACUACAGUCACGCCUUUGGUAGUUGUGGCUGGCGGGAGCCUUACCAACGCAGUUCUCUUGGAGAGAGUUCGAAAGCUAAUUGACGCCAGCGACUUGGGUCCAGGCUUAGUUGUAAACAAGGAAGGCGUCGCUCAUGAUGCCGUCCGUAACGCCAUCGGGGCUAUCUACGCGUUCCAGAAGGCCCUGACGGUGCGGCAAUUCCUCGACCAGGGCGCAGGAAUUGCACUGCAAAUCAAGCAGGCAGGGGCGACAGAGUGGACAAGCCACGCAAGCCCGGUGUACUAUUGCCACAAGGAAGACGGAGCAGAGGUUCACCCGCCUUGCGAGGUUUCGCUUUUCUCAGGAGAUCGCGUGCAGUUGAUAUGCGACCCCUUCUACGGCCAGGAUAACGUGGGCGCUGAUCAGCCGAUCACGGACAUGUUCUACACAAGAACAUACGACUUCCUUCGAGACAUGCCCAAGGCCCCUUUUCGCGGGUCCAAUACCUGCAACGUGCGCUUCGAAGGAGAUGACAAUGAGGUGGUGAUGAAAGUUUUUACGCAUCACUGUCCAUGA